AUGCGUUCGGGCGUCUUCUACGCCGCAAUUGCGGCCCUCCAGUCCCUAGCCAGCGCCGAUGCCGUCGUGGAAUCGCUUCAUGGCGUCCCCCAAGGCUGGAGGAAGCUGAAGGAUGCCGAGUCUGAUCGUGUGCUCAAGCUCAGAAUCGCGCUUGAGCAACCCAAUACGGCACUGUUCGAGCAGACUUUGUACGAGGUCUCCGACCCGGAGCACCCGCUCUACGGCAAGCACCUUAAGCGGGAUGAACUCAAGGAGAUGAUGAAGCCCCGCGCCGAGUCCACCGACGUGGUGCUCAGGUGGCUGCGGGAGGCUGGUGUCCCGAGCAACAUGAUUGAGGAUGCUGGUGACUGGAUCAACUUCAAGACCACUGUUGGUGUCGCCAAUGAUAUGCUCAAGACCACCUUUGGCGUGUACGAGCACGAGGAGACCGAGACCGUCAAGGUCCGCGCGACCAAGUACUCUGUGCCCGACGAGGUCAAGAGCCACAUCACUAUGGUUGCCCCCAUCACUCGCUUCGGCCAGCUUCGAGCCAUGCGCAGCCACAUUUUCGAGAUCAUCGACGUCGCUCAGGCCAAGGCCAAUAUUCAGGCUGUCGACGGUCCUGCCGCGGACUUCGACCUCUCCACUUGCAACGCCACCAUCACUCCGCAGUGCCUGCGAGCCCUUUACAAGAUUGGGGACUACACGGCCAAGCCAGUCGAAGGCUCCCAUAUGGGUGUCGCCGGCUACCUUGACCAGUAUGCCAAGUACGGCGACUUGGCGCUCUUCAAGCCGGCCUAUGCCCCCUACGCCUUGGACGCCACCUUCGAUGUCGUUUCCAUCAAUGGCGGAAAGAACAUUGAGAACUCGACCCUCGACAGCGGCGAGGCCAACCUGGACAUCCAGUACGCCCUGGCCAUCAACUACAAGCAGCCCACCACCUACUACACGACCGGUGGCCGAGGGCCUCUGGUCCCGGACCUUGAUCAGCCAGACCCGGACAACAGCUCCAACGAGCCCUACCUCGACUUCCUCGAGCACAUGCUCAGCCUCAAGGACGACGAGCUCCCCCAGACGCUCACGACGUCCUACGGCGAGGACGAGCAGUCCGUGCCCCGGCCCUACGUGGAGAAGGUCUGCCAGAUGUUCGGCCAGCUCGGCGCCCGUGGCGUCUCCAUCCUCUUCUCCUCGGGCGACACGGGCGUCGCGUCCGCCUGCCAGACCAACGACGGCAAGAACACCACCCGCUUCCUGCCCAUCUUCCCCGCCGCCUGCCCGCACGUGACCUCCGUCGGCGGCACCCGCUACGUCGAGCCCGAGUACGCCGUCAGCUUCUCCUCCGGCGGCUUCUCCGACGUCUUCCCGCGCCCCAGGUGGCAGGACGCCGCCGUGGGCAAGUACCUCGAGAAGCUCGGCGACCAGUGGAAGGGCCUGUACAACCCCAACGGCCGCGGCUUCCCCGACGUCGCCGCCCAGGGCGUCCGCUACCACGUCUUUGACCACGGCAGGGACGCGCUCAUCUCGGGCACGAGCGCCUCGGCGCCCAUGUUUGCCGCGCUCGUCUCGCUGCUCAACAACGCGAGGAUGGCGGAGGGCAAGCCGCCCCUGGGCUGGCUGAACCCGUGGCUGUACAAGGAGGGCUACAAGGGCCUGACCGAUAUCACCCACGGCGGUUCGACCGGUUGCACUGGUAGGGACAUCUAUAGCGGGCUGCCCACCCCCUUUGUGCCGUAUGCCUCGUGGAACGCCACCGAGGGCUGGGAUCCUGUCACCGGCCUCGGCACUCCUCUCUUCGACAAGCUUCUCGAGCUCAGCAAGUCGGCCAAGCCCUGCACCAAGAAGCGCUCCGUGGCUUCGAGGAAGUUCCAAGCCUAG